AUGGCGCUGGCACUGUCCCUGCUGGCCAUGGCUCUCCUGUGCCCAGCCACCGCCACGCUGCGCGUCGGCGCCUUCAACAUCCAGGCGUUCGGAGACACCAAGAUGAUCCUGCGCCGCUACGACGUGGCACUGGUGCAGGAGGUGCGCGACUCCGACCUCAGCGCCGUCACCCAGCUCAUGGAGCAGCUUAACAGCAUGUCCACGUCCCCGUACGACUAUGAGAUCAGUGGCCCCCUGGGACGGGACAACUACAAGGAGAUGUACCUCUUCAUCUACAGGACAGACGUCGUGUCCGUGGUGGACACCUACCAAUAUGAGGACCCCCAGGAUGUCUUCAGCCGGGAGCCGUUCAUCCUGAGGGUCUCAGCACCCCGCACCAAGGCAGAGGAUUUUGUGCUGGUGCCGCUGCACGCAGCCCCUCACGAUGCUGUCGCCGAGAUCGACGCACUCUACGACGUCUACCUGGCCAUCGUCAGCAAGUGGGGGACUGAU